AUGGCGCAUUCAACUCUCUCGCCGCCGCAGUCCCCCGUCUCCUCAGCGACUCGCGACAGACCUCUCCAGAUCAACCGAGCAAACACUGCACCAGAAAAGAUGUCGGUGAAUGGGCAUUUCGCGUCUGCAGGCCAGAACGGGACGGCGGACUUUGAACAUGGUGUCCAGGUUGUCGAUGAGGAUAAGCAGUUCAACUCUGAUCUGGCCAAGUAUCUCAGUCACACUGGAGUCUCCCAUGCCGGGUUCAACUACCAUCUCAUCUCCGUCUUCGGUUCGCAGUCGACUGGCAAGUCAACCCUCCUAAAUGCCCUCUUCCAGACCGAUUUCUCCGUCAUGUCCGAGACAGAACGACGCCAAACUACUAGAGGAAUAUGGUUGGCGAAAAACAAAUCUUCAGCGACAGAAAUGGCAGACAAUAUCCUGGUCAUGGACGUUGAAGGUACAGACGGUCGGGAACGCGGCGAAGAUCAGGAUUUUGAACGCAAGAGUUCGUUAUUUGCGCUGGCGACCAGCGAAGUUCUGAUGGUCAACAUCUGGGAGCAUCAGGUUGGGUUGUAUCAGGGCGCCAAUAUGGGUCUGCUGAAGACGGUCUUUGAAGUCAACCUCCAACUGUUUCUGAAGGAUAGAAAGUCCACCUCGCGGAGCUUGCUAUAUUUUGUCAUUCGAGACUUCCUUGGGACGACGCCACUGCAGAAUUUGCGAAAUACGUUGAUGCAGGACAUGGGGAGGAUAUGGACCAGUCUGUCAAAGCCUCCGGGGUUGGAGAAGAGCAGCAUCGACGACUACUUCGACUUUGCUUUUACUGCCCUCCCCCACAAGCUAUAUCAGCCAGAACAGUUUAAAGCCGAGGUUGCAAAGAUGGCAACGCGGUUCCGAGAUGGUCAUCGCGAUCGCCGGAGAGAUGCAUUGCUGGGCGAACUUGAUGGUGGUAUCUUCCUUCCUGAAUAUCACCGACGAAUACCCGCGGACGGCUUUUCCCACUACGCAGAAGGGAUCUGGGACCAGAUUGUGAACAACAAGGAUCUGGAUCUUCCGACCCAACAAGAACUCCUGGCUCAAUUCAGAUGCGACGAGAUUAUGAGAGAAGUCAUUGUCGCUUUUGAUGCGGCGAUCACACCACUCGAGACACAACAAACUGACGCAGCAAGAGUGGGUAACGCCGAGCCAAUUUCUGGACUGGGUGCUGCUAUGAGAGAAGCCCGGGCUACCGCCAUCAAGAACUUCGAAACUGAGGCGAGCAGGUACCACAAGGGUGUCUAUCAACGAAAACGGACAGAGCUCGAAAGCAAGAUUGAUACUAGACUCAAGGUGCUGUUCGCUGGGCAACUUUCCGCUGCACACAAAGAAGGGGUCCAAGAGUUCUCGGAUGCAGUUAGUGGAGCUGUCAAGGCCGGGCAGAAGAAAGGGGCAUCCUACGAUUUCGCUGAAAUUGUGAAAGAACAGAAGAAGAUCGCGCUCGACAAAUUCGCGUCCGUGGGAAAGGAGGCCGCGAUCGAAGGGUUGCCUUGGUCUGACUAUCGACAACAAAUGGGGCUGUACCAGAAAGAACUCGAUAAGAUCUCGGGUCAGUUACGACGGGACGAGAUGCGCCGACUCGCAACAAGGGUUGAAAGAUGGGUCAGAAGCAAACUCAACGACAGCGUCGGACUGGAGUUCAAUGCUCUUGGAUCUGGCCGCGGUGGUUCUGGUGCGCCUGAGCAGGGUGAUCGACCUCUGGAGAAGGGCAUUUGGGACCGGAUCUGGUCUUUGUUCGUUGCGACCGUGAAGGAUGCUGAGAAGCGCUUCGCUGACCGAGCGGCUUCCUUUGACGCCAGCGCCGAAGAAGUUGAAGUCGGCAUCUGGCGCCUGAGGAGGAAGUCCUGGGCCGUACUACGUUCCAAGAUUGACGAAGAAAUGAUGGAAGGUAAUCUCUUACUGAAGCUCCGAGAGAACUUCGAGGACAAAUUUCGUUACGAUGAGGCGGGCGUUCCACGGAUUUGGCGACCAACCGACGACAUCGAGGGCAUUUAUACACGAGCUCGAGAAAGCACCCUCACCCUUAUUCCUCUGCUCGCUCGCUUCCGGCAUUCCGAGACCGGGGCACCACCACCUCUCGACGGAUGGAUCGGUCCUACUCCUGCAGCUGCCACACCCGCCGACGAGGAAGACCUGACCCCCAUCGGAGGAGUUGACGAGGAAGAGGGCAAGAGUCUGGAAGAGGAGACGACGAUUCUUAAUGAAGCCAAGCGACAAGACUUGACUGUUCGGUUCAAGAAGGCCGCUGACGGGGUGUAUGUGGAAGCCAAACGUAGUGCGAUUGGUGGCAUGACACAAGUACCGCUUUACUUCUACGGUCUCUUGCUGGCACUAGGGUGGAACGAGAUCGUUGCCGUCCUUCGCAAUCCCGUUUACUUCAUGUUCCUUAUCAUUCUCGCCAUCGCCGCUUACGUCACCUACACUUUGAAUCUCUGGGGCCCGAUGUUUAAGAUGGCGAACGCGGCGUCCCAACAGGCUCUGGAAGAGGGCAAGAAGCGUCUUCGAGAAUUCUUGGAGGAGAAUCCCACGGCGAGACAUGCUGUGGCGAUGUCAACCGGUCGCGAUGAAUACGAAAUGAGAAAUUUGGACUCGACUAGAGCAGGGAAGGUCAAGACAGACGGGGCUGAUGACGAGGAUGUUGAUGAUAUUUAG